CGCCUUCAGUCGAGCACCGACGUCGACGACGAUGACGUCGCCUCCCUCGCUGCGAAGCGCCACCCUCGCCUCAGCCUCGCGCACCGGUGCCAUGUGAUCCGGCCGUGCCGUGCGAGCGACAGCGGGUUCACGUUGGAUCAUGAUCGAUAGUAGCGGUCGAUGGUAGCGCACGCGGCCGCGAUGCGUUGAAGUUACCCCCCCCCUUCGCCCCUUCCCCGCGAAACGCGCGAUUCUCCCGCGGGGUGGCUCAGGUCGGGCUCAGAGGAACUCCGCUUGACGGCGGCUCGCCGCGUCGGAGCUUCGCCGGCGCAGUGAGGGCCCGCAGGAGAGUCACUUGUCGAAGGCUGAAGAAUGGCAAGGCGGCACGUCGCCGGCAGCUGCGAGCACGUGCGAGCGAGCCGAGGCGCCGAGGACUGCGAGACGACGACGAUUGUUCCGCGAGCGUCGACGACGACGCGGGCCUGAGAGGCCGGGAACUUGCUCGGCCGAGCACGUAACAGUAUCACACACAGGGGGUGCGGGUAGACGCGCGAAGACGCGGUGGUGCGUGCACGCACGGAGCAUGUGACACGAUGCGCUGGUGUGGUGGUCCUUGCGAUCUCCUGCGCCGCGAGUUGUUCGUCCUCCUCGUGUUCAUCGGCUGCAGCGAUGGCUAUCUCAAUAUAUUCAUCAGCCAGUCGCAGGUCAUGAAGCUCUUGGGGCUCGAGGCCGAGUUGUACUACGUGCGAGAGGGGGUGGUCAACACUUACGCGAUGAAUUUCGUCGUGCCUGUGCCGGCCAACAUAGCGGACCUAGAGUUCUCAUGGCAAAGCCUCGUAGGACAUCCGCUAUCGUACUCCAUGGAGCUGGAUUAUGACGUGGUGGGCGUACCAGGUGGACCGUCUUCUGGAGUGAUGGCGUUGCUGCCGCCGAGGGUGAACGUAUCCGCUAGGGGUGAGGUUCCAGUCACCCUGCAAGUAUUCAGGAUCAGAUUGCCGUGCUCGGGCGUCGUUAGCGCCGAAAUUCCUCUGGCGCUGAGAUUGAAUGUCACCGCGCCGCCUGGCACCAAAUACAACGACACCGUCUUGGUCUUCAAGAGGAACAAAAUUUGCCUCAAAGGUGUGGAGACUCCGCCGAUGAACGACUCGGUGCGUCUGGAGCCUGGCCCGCUCGUGAACGGCGCGGGCGCACUUUACGUCGCAGCUACCUGUGCGUGCGCCUUAAUACUAGUCGUCGGCAGUGUCGCGACUGCGUUAUACAUUCGCAACAGCAAGGCCCGCGUCCAAGAAUCGCAGAAAACUCUGCCCUGCUGCAGUUACUCCGCGGCCGACACCGGCGGCCUGGCCAGAAGUUCCGUCUUAGUUAGGGUCGACCCACGGCCCGGAAGCGCGAAUUCCGGAAGUUACGCCACCAUCGCCGACCUCGAGCCACUGUACGCGAGGCCAUGCGGUUCCAGAGCGAGUUACUACGCGGCCAGCCACGUUACGCAUCUCAGUCAGUCGACCGAUCCGUGCGAGAAGGCUAGAGCACUCGCUGUCUCAAGAUCGGCAUUGUACUGCCGUAGCCUCGUGCAGGAGGGCACUUUUGGUCGCGUUUACAAAGGCUCUCUGGAUUUAGCCGGGAGGGAGCAGGAAGUCAUCAUAAAGACAGUCACAGAAGUGGCGUCCGCUUACCAAGCCUCUCUUUUGGUGGUGGAGGGCUCGCAACUGGCCGGAUUAGUUCACGCCAACAUCGCCUCUUUGGCGGCCGCUUGCCUGGACAGUUCGUGUCCCUUGCUGGCUUACACGAGCACUCCCGGCGAGCUGAUCUUGAAGGUCUAUCUUACCGAUGGAAAUCAUCAUCCGGUGACUAGAGACCUGGUGCACGUUGGCGCACAGGUUGCCAGGGCUGGAGCGUUUCUGCACGGUCGAGGACUGCUGCACAGGGAUAUCGCGGCCAGGAAUUGCCUGAUCGAGCCGGCCAGUCUUCGCGUGAGAUUGGCUGACGCUGCCCUCGCUCGGGACCUCUUCCCCCAGGACUACCAUUGUCUCGGUGAUAACGAGAACCGACCCAUACGCUGGAUGGCCUUGGAGAGUCUCCAGCACAAUCAGUACAGCACGGCGACCGAUGUGUGGUCCUUCGGCGUAUUCCUGUGGGAGCUGGCGACACUGGGCCAGCAGCCGUACGUGGAGGUGGACCCGUUCGAGAUGAUGGCGUGUCUCCGGGACGGAUAUCGACUGGCUCAACCGAGACCUUGCCCCGAUGAACUGUUCGCCGUUAUGGCGGUCUGUUGGCUCGGCCUCUCCAGGGAUCGGCCGACGAUGCCUCAGCUGCUCGCCUACUUGCAGGAUUUCCACGUCGCGCUGGGCGGAUUCAUCUAAAAUCGCUCGCCGCGCGACGAAUCGCCGGAUGUGGACGCGGAGGUGGCCGUGCCGGAGAAGCGCCGAGCGUCCGUCGAGCUCGCAAUCAAAUUCCAAAGUGAGAGAGAGAGAGAGAGAGAGAGAGACAGACAGACAGAGAGAGGGAGAGAGAGAAGAAAGCGAGGAAAUAGAAUCAAAUCGCAUGGAAUUGAACGUCGCUGCGCCCAUUUGCGACAUGCACACACACUGCCUCUAGCGGUAGCAGGUGGACACCCGGUACAUGUACGCCGAACACGGCGGUUGACGAUUAAACGCACCGGCUGAUUCGGUUUCCAGCUAAUUACCAAUCAAAAUAGGGUACUGCCGUUGUCUAAAUCGGCGAGGAAGCUCGCGACGGGCGGCCAAAAGUCGACACGGAUACAUCCGUCCAUAGCAAUUAGAGCGCACGUCAGCGCGGUUACGUACGCGACCAACUUCUGGCGCGAUUCAAGCACGAAAGCCGAAGGGGAGCCUUAUCUGGGAGGUUGCGAAACCGCGGCUGUUGAUAAAACGGCGGAUCGGUAUCUGCCGGCGAGUGCGGCGUGCCGCAUCGAUAUACGUGCGCGUGAGAUUUCGUAAAGUACGUAAGCAAUCGCUCCACUUCCGUUGGCGUUUCUUUCUCGGCGCCAUCGGAAACCGCGCUUCUCCGUCUCUUCGUUCUCUUUCUCUCUCUCUCUCUCUCUCUC